AUGGGAUUUUGGUCAUCAAGUCUCUGUUUCAUGAUUCUGAUACUUGCGUUCAACCAGUCACAAGGCACUUCAGCGGCAAGACAUUUAGGAAACGAGACUGAUCUCCUUGCAAUUCUGGACUUCAAGGAUAAAAUUUCACAAGAUCCAAAUGGAGUCCUGAGUUCAUGGAAUAAUUCCCAGCACCAUUGUCAAUGGCAAGGAGUCAGUUGUGAUGGCAAACACCAAAGAGUUUCAGGCUUGAAUCUACUCGGACAGGACUUGUUUGGAUAUGUAUCUUCGCAUAUAGGUAACUUAACCUUCCUGAAGUUCAUUAACCUUAGGCACAAUAGAUUUUACGGUGAAAUUCCCCAAGAAGUUGGACAAUUAACACGGUUAAGAUAUCUUAAACUCACAAAUAAUUCAUUUGGAGGAGAAAUUCCAGUAAACCUUAGCCAUUGCAUACAGCUGAAGGUCAUUGAUGCAUUACUGAAUCGACUAGGAGGAAUCCCAUUUGAGCUUGAUUCACUAAAGAAUCUUGAAGGACUUUCUUUUGGUAAAAAUAAUUUGACAGGAGAGAUUCCUCGGUCGUUUGGGAAUCUUACAUCCCUGAGACAAAUCUAUUUGUCCUACAAUAAUUUGAAGGGUCCUAUACCACAAGAAUUAGGCCAAUUGACAAGCUUAUAUUCCAUUGGUGUUGAUGCCAAUUAUUUUCUUCCAUCCUCUAUCUACAAUAUAUCAACUCUGGCUGGCAUUUCUGCUUCAAGCAAUAUACUUCAGGGGAAUCUGCCAGCAAAUAUGGGCCUCACACUGCCUAAUAUUCAAGAUUUUCUUUUGGGAGGCAACCAAAUCGAGGGAACUAUUCCAGUUUCCCUUGCCAAUGCUUCUUUGCUUGAACAACUUGAGCUUAGUGACAACAUGUUGAAAGGACAGGUUCCAACUAAUUUUGGAAAUCUUCACAAUCUUCAGUGGCUAGGUAUUGGAGGCAAUAUUCUGGGAAGCAACUCUGCAGGAGACUUGGACUUUAUUGCAUCUUUAUCGAACAGCAGUAAUCUACAAUCUCUUUUAUUUAGAGGAAACAACUUUGGGGGUAAGUUGCCUGCUUUCAAAUGGAACUCCUCUAACAUGCUGGACCAACUUGAUCUUGGAUUGAAUCAGAUUUUGGGAGAAGUUCCAUUGUGGCUCAGAGAUCUAAAUAACUUAUAUUAUCUGGCCACGGAUAAUAAUUUUUUCUCAGUUCCUAUACCAAAUAUUUUGGGUAAAUUUCAAAUGUUGCAGGAGUAG